AUGGUUUCCUUGGCAGAUGUUGAUAAUCGUGACAAUCAGAAAGCAUCUGAUUCCUCGCGCAAGCGGCCCAGCGAGGCAUCCCAGGAGGCAUCGUCUUCACCCAAACGUCACAGGCCGCACUAUCCAUCAACGAUCCCCUCGAGAUUUUGGGACAAUUUGUCCAAAGUGCCGCUCACACGGAACGCACUGAGAGAACUAGACAGGAGACAAGAGAGAAGGCAGAUCGCCUUCCAUAACGCAGACCAGGAACAGCCGAGCGUCCAAAGGCUUACACGAAGCGCACGACGCUCGCUCGCCCAGGAGAAUCAUCACCAACAGUCUGCUGGCCAGAUUCUUGGCCAAUUCUCGCCAGCUCACCUGAAGAACGUCAGGCGGUUCUCAAGCCACGGAGGUCCAGACCUACGUGAUCUGAUAGGGUACCCGGCACCUACACAAGCCUUGGACGACAUGAGUUCCAGCCAGACGAGUCCUGUGACAAGGAGGAGAUCCAUACGACAGAGCAGGCGGUCGCCAUAUCCUUCAAGGAGCACAAGGAAAACCACGCUCCCAUCGGCUCGUACCAAAAGCACCAGUCCAUAUGAUCGUGCUUUCCAACAACACCUCAUCGACCACCAUGUCUUGCCCGAUGGAUAUGAAUAUCCAAACGGUCAUUUACCGCCAGAGCCCGAGAAUAUGGAGGAGAUCCGGCAAGCGCUGGCCCGUCGCAGGGCAUCUCUAUCUCCGUCAAGAUUUACGAACGAGGACUUUCGGAGAUUUAAGCGGCAACAUAGGACUGCUCAAGGCGAGCCCGCGGUCUUGUCCGAUGUUGUUCCAAUAUUAGAAGGGGACCAAGACAAGCGAAAUGCGGCACGCGACAAUGCGUUCCGGAACCUGGAGCAUUUGACCGAUGACACUCUUGUGCCAGGCAAGCCCGAUUUGUACUAUGGCGCUCGCCCAGAGCAGCUCAACCCAGACGUUCGAAGUGCGCUCAGCGGCCAGAUCGUCCCUACCGCGCAGGAGGAGCUCCCAAUUGCGCCCAACUUCUUCCUCGAAGUUAAAGGCCCCGGCGCGUCCGCUGAGGUUGCACCUCGACAAGUGUGCUACGACGGCGCGCUGGGAGCCAGAGGGAUCCAGAGCCUUCAGUCUUACGGGGAGGCAGAGAAGGUGUACGACAAUAAGGCUUAUACCCUCACAUGUUACUACAUGGGCGGCGUUCUUGGGAUAUACACCAGCCAUCCGAUUCCGCCUUUGCAUCCGGGAGGACAGCCGGGGUUUGUCACAACAGAGGUCAAACAGUAUCUCUUGACCGCCGAUGUUGAGAACUUUCGACAAGGCGCUGCUGCUUAUCGGAAUGGUAUAGACUGGGCAAAGCUCCAGAGGGACGAGGCGAUAAACCGAGCCAACGAAAGAGCGAAGCAGGCAGUCCAGGCAGUCCAGGCAGUUGGGGGAGCAAGCCAUUUUCCUGGGCCAUCACCAGAUGUUGAUGUCAAAGUCAACCUUUCCAGUGCAAUCUCGGCCAGCAAUGCAACUGUGAAUGGUGUCACAAACAUGUUGAUGCCCGCUUCUCAAGAUGUAUCCUCGUAUGAGCCUGAUGUUUUCGCAGAUGAACCGUCGACAAGUCUUCCCUUCCCGAACGCCCUAGCUCCCAGUCAUGCUGUGGAGAGUCCAAGCUUGCUUAGCCAGGAAAAUAUCAUCCAUAGAAACUAA